GGCUCCCUGUGUUCUCCAGCUCGAGGCUAUUUCUUCAAAAUGGCGGCUGUCUCCCGUAGAGAGAAGUAAACAUUCACCAAAAAAGCAAGGUUCCCUCUGAAAAGUUGCGACAUCAUGAAGAGAGUAUUUACAAUUCCUGAGAAGGUCACAGGAGGUGGAGGCAAUGUCAGCUAUUGCUGGCAAGUCAAACAAGGCAACUACCUUGCUGUCACCGGGAGCAAUAGAGUGGUUUGUAUAUAUGACCGCCAUGGUGAUCAACUGGAUGAAAUCAGUUUACCUGGCUUGUGCUCUGGGAUGGCCUGGGAUAAAGAUGGUGACACCCUGGCUAUCAUUCAGGACAAAAAUGGCAUCAUCUACCUUUGGGAUGCCAACUCGCUCAAGACCACCCAGCUUGAGAGUGGGCUUAGAGACACCCUCACAUUUCUCUUGUGGUCAAAAGUUGGACCUCAGCUGGCAAUAGGUACCUCUAAGGGAAAUUUGUUGAUCUACAACCACCAGACAUCAAGAAAAAUUCCAAUCCUUGGUAAACAUACAAAAAAGAUUUCUUGUGGCUGCUGGAAUACUGAGAAUUUGCUGGCACUUGGUUCAGAGGACAAGUCCAUCACUAUUAGUAAUGAAGACGGUGACACUCUCAGACAGGCAACUCUUCGGUCAGAGCCUGCCCAUGUCCAGUUUAGUGAAAUGAAAACAGACGAAAGAAGUUCAGCUGCAGAAGCAACUGUCAGUAUUAUUGUUGGCAAGAAGACCCUGUAUUUGUACAACCUGAAUGACCCUGAGAAUCCUAUUGAGCUGGCGUUUCAGUCUCGCUAUGGUAACAUCAUCGCUUACAGAUGGUUUGGUGAUGGUUAUAUCAUGAUCGGGUUUUCUAAUGGGUUCUUUGUUGUCAUCUCAACUCACAUGAAAGAAAUCGGACAGGAACUUUUUCAAACACGUGACCACAAGGACGUGUUGACCGACAUUGCCAUCUCUACUGAGCUCAACAAGGCUGCCUCAUGUGGGGAUAACUGUGUGAAGAUCCACGACCUGGUGGAGAUGAAAGAGAUCUAUGCUAUCAUAACUCUUGAGGAUGCUGGUGGUGGUUUGGACACAAUAUCUUGGACUGAUGAUGGUCAACUUCUUGCCGUUAGCACACAGAGAGGUGCCAUUCAUGUCUAUCUGACGAAACUCCCUAUCCUGGGAUAUGCCAGCGGAACACGACUUGCCUACUUAACUGCUUUGCGAGAGAUGACAGUGGUGGAUAAUGUUUCGCAGGAGCGACCACAGAGCGUUGACAUCGUUGUGGAGCCAACAUUUGUCUCGCUGGGGCCUUACCACUUGGCCGUGGGCAUGAACAACAGGGCGUGGUUCUACAUGCUUGGGGAUAAAGGAACGGAGCAGCUGAAAGACCGGGAGUACCUGGGUACAGUCAACGCCAUCCAUCUGAAUGCAGACUACGCUGCUGUUCUGUUUGAGAACAAAGUACAACUGCACCUUAUCGAGGGCGAAAACACGGACACCUCGGAUGAGCGUGAGACUCGGCUCUUCCCAGACAAGAGUAGCCAGGGGAAAGCCACGUGCUGCGCACUUACCUCUGACUUUCUUAUCUAUGGCACAGACAAUGGUGGGCUCCACUACUUCUUUAUUGAAGACUGGCAGUUUGUCAAUGAGUUCCGACAUGUCGUUGGUAUCCGUAAGAUCUUUCCAGACCCCAGCGGGACACGACUCGUGUUUAUAGACGAGAAAAGCGAUGGUUUCGUCUACAACCCGGUCAACGAUGCCACUUUUGAGAUCCCCAACUUUUCGCCUACGAUCAAGGGGAUUGUAUGGGAGAACUGGGCUCUAGAUAAGGACGUGUUCUGUGGAUACGAUGAUGAGAAAAUCUACACCUACAUAUUCUACAAGGAAACCAUCACGGGUCCCCACUGUAUCAUGGCGGGCUCAACCAAGCUCCCAUAUGCGCAGAAACCGCUGAUGCUCUACGACGGCGAAAUGACGUGUCAGACGCUCAGUGGAAAGACUGCCAAGGUGACGCUGUCGACUCACGUGUUUCAUGAGAAGCCUCAAGACCUGCCGCAAGAAGACCUCAAAAAUUGCUUCAGCCAGUGUCUUCUCCUCAAGCGAUUCAAGGAGGCGUGGGCCGUGGCUAAAGUCAUGGACUCACAAGAGGCAUGGAAAGAGCUUGGCAAGAAGGCGGUGUCAUGCCUUGAGCUUGGCCUUGCCAUCAAAGUUUAUCGUAAAAUAGGUGAUGUGGCAAUGGUGCUAUCUCUAGAGAAAAUAAAGGGAACUGAGGACAAGAAUCUGCUGGCGGGGUACGUGGCCAUGUUCCUAGAAGACUACAACGCAGCUCAGGACCUGUUUUUGGCCUCAAGUCACCCAACUGCUGCACUUGAGAUGCGUCGAGAUCUCCUUCAUUGGGACCAGGCCCUUGAGCUGGCCAAGUCUCUUGCGCCUGAGCACAUCCCAUACAUAUCGCGAGAAUACGCGCAGCAGCUGGAGUUCACCGGUGACUACAGUAACUCUUUAAUCCACUACGAAAGAGGUAUCACCAAGCUACCAGAGAAGCGUGACCAUGACGAGGCUUGUGUGGGCGGCAUGGCGCGAAUGGCGAUACGAGUUGGCGAUAUCCGCAGGGGGGUGCAAUACGCAACUAAGUGUCCUGGACGACAGUUGAAAAAGGAGUGUGCAGCUAUCCUAGAGUCAAUGAAGCAAUACUCGGAGUCUGCCUUACUGUACGAGAAGGGUCAGUACUGGGACAAAGCAGCCGCUGUCUACAUGAAGACCAAAAACUGGGCUAAAGUUGGGGAACUGCUUAAUCACGUGACGUCACCCAAACUCCACGCACAAUAUGCCAAGGCUAGGGAGGCUGAUGGGAAAUAUCGCGAGGCUGCUAAGGCGUAUGAGGCUGCCAAAGACUACGAUAACGUGAUAAGAAUCAACCUGGACUUCCUUCAGAACCCCGAGGAGGCGGUGCGGAUAGUAAAGGAGACUCAGUCUGUUGAGGGAGCCAAGAUGGUCGCCAAAUUUUUCCAGAAUCUUGGCGACUUUGCGUCGGCGAUUCAAUUCCUUGUGCUAUCGAAGUGCAACGAUGAAGCAUUCCAGCUUGCCCAGACUCAUAACCAAAUGGAGCAGUAUGCGGACAUCAUAGGUGACGAUGCUUCCAAAGAGGACUAUUCAAGCAUCGCGCUGUAUUUUGAGAAUCAGAAGCAGCACUUCUUGGCGGGCAAGUUUUACCUAAAGUCAUCCCAGUUCAGCAAGGCUCUAAAGCACUUCCUUAAAUGCCCGGUGUCAGAAGACGGAGAGUCUGUCGAGCUAUCAAUCGAGACGGUCGGGAAGGCAAAUGAUGACAUCCUAACUCACCAGUUGAUCGACUUCCUGAUGGGGGAAUCUGACGGUAUGCCUAAGGACGCCAAGUACUUGUUCCGUUUGUACAUGGCACUCAAGCAAUAUCGCGAGGCCGCCCGCACAGCCAUCAUCAUUGCGCGAGAGGACCAGAACUCUGGCAACUACCGCAACGCACAUGAUGUCUUAUAUAGCAUGUACCAAGAACUGAUUGCGCAUAAGAUAAAGAUUCCAACAGAGAUGAUUCAGAACCUGAUGAUCUUACACAGCUACAUACUCGUCAAGCUGCACGUCAAGCGGGGUGAUCACACAAAGGGGGCUAGAAUGCUCAUUCGUGUCGCCAACAAUAUCAGCAAAUUUCCUUCUCACAUCGUACCCAUAUUGACGUCCACUGUCAUUGAGUGCCAUCGAUCAGGUCUGCGUAAUUCCUCGUUCAGCUACGCGGCGAUGUUGAUGCGACCGGAGUACAGGCAGAAAAUCGAUCUCAAGUACAAGAAAAAAAUUGAGCAGAUUGUACGAAAACCUGACAAGACAGAGGAGGAGGAACCUCAGGAUCCUUGCCCGUACUGUGGUUACGAGGUGUCCCAGACCAAGCUUGACUGUCCAGAAUGCAAGAACACCAUACCUUACUGCAUUAUAUCUGGGCGACACAUGGUGAAAAAUGACUGGACUGUUUGUCCGAGCUGCAACUUCCCUGCCCUCUACUCCAUACUCAAGGAAUUGUUAGAGUCUGGAGAGACAACUUGCCCUAUGUGCUCAAAGGCUAUAGUAGCAUCCGAGGUGAAGCACAUCAAAGACCCCUCUCCAUACCUUGAAGAAUCCGAGUGUUAGUUACACUAUGGCCAGAGGGAUUGUGUUGGAAAAAAAGUCAGAACUAUCCUUUCUGGUCUGUUUUUAGUCUAACUUUAGUCACAUCAAUUACUAUGAAGGUCUAAUGCUAGUUACACUGUGGCCCAAGGCAUCAUCAAAUCUGUGCAUUAGCGAAACUAACACAAGUUGAAGUUUGCAGUCGUAACGUCAAUACCAUUGGAGGUGGGACCAUUAUGUGAAUUAUAUUGCUGGAAGUAACUUUUGGAUUCGAGCUCCCAAGCAUUUAUUAAACCCUUACCCUCGGAAUAGAUUAGAUUGGCUGAGAGGGGGGUGGGUCUAGUCAUAGUCAUAUGGAAAAAGCAUAGCAUUUGAAGAUUCCUUAAAAAAAAAUGACCCACUCUUUGGCCCCAAAGGGGGUUGCAUGUAAACCCUCUAUGUACGUGCCUAAAUGAUGUACAACUUUUUAUUAAUAACUUUCACGGGGUUUAUGUAAUUUAUAAUUUUAUUAACUCUCUUGUAACAAAAUUUAGGGAAACAGAAAUUGUUCUUCUUCUAGGAAUGAAAUUCUUAGUCAACCUUGGGGGCUAGAUCAAUGUUGCUUAUGAUUGCCCAGUCCUCCCAGGCAAAUUUAUUUUCAGUGAACUGAAGUGAAGUAAAAAGUCUUUUCUUUAGACAAGACUAUUUAAUAGAUAUCAGUAACUGUUGCAUCUUUCUCUAACAAAGUAGUAUGGUUGUCUUUGCAAAGCAGGUAAACAAAAGUUUGCAGUGUACUAUAAAUGCCAUGUAUAUAAAAAUAAAAACCUCAAAUGUU